CUGCCACUCAGACUGAGUGAGAGGUGGCAGAGAUGGCGGUGGAGAUGGCCAUCAGAGCUUCCGCCACCCCAAGACCCUCCCUGCCUCAACCAUCUCCGACCACACCCAAACUUUCUCUCAAGCCUAGACCCACCUCUGUUUCCCUACCAACAUCAACGACAAUCUCCCUUUUAGCCCUCUUCACCUCCCCCAUUGAAGCCAAAGCUUUCAGCCUCUCCAAGGACCAGAUUGUCUCUUCACUCACUGAAGUGGAGCAGACGAUUGAUCAGAUACAGCAAGUGGGUUCGACCGUUUUCGACGGCACAGCACAUGUUCUGGAAGCUGUUCUGAAUGCAGUGAGGCCCGGCAUUGAUGUGGCUUUGCCUAUUGCGAAACAGGCCGGAGAGCAGGCGCUGAAGAUUGCUUCUCCGGCAAUUUCCGAGGUUACUAAGAUUGCUCAACAAGCAAUCCAAGGCGCUGGGGUUGACACACAACCUGUUCUCAGUGCUGCAAAGACGGUAGCUGAUGUGGCAGGGGAGACCACCAAAGCAAUCGAAGAGGCCAAGCCCAUUGCUUCAUCAACUAUCGAGACCAUCUCAUCUGCAGAUCCUAUUGUGAUUGCCGGAACUGCUGGAGCUUUAUUCCUCGCGUACCUCCUUCUUCCUCCCGUCUGGUCUGCUCUCUCUUUUAGCCUCCGUGGUUACCAAGGUUCGCUUACUCCUGCUCAAACCCUUGAUCUCGUAUCAACAAAGAAUUACCUUUUGAUCGAUAUUCGACCAGAGAAGGACAAGGACAAGGCAGGCAUUCCCCGCCUACCAUCAAGUGCCAAAAACAAAAUGAUUCCCAUUCCUUUGGAAGAACUACCGAACAAAUUGCGAGGCCUUGUCAGAAACGUGAAAGUAGAGGCAGAGAUAGCCGCUCUGAAGAUUUCUUACCUCAAGAGAGUUAACAAAGGCUCCAACAUCGUGAUCCUGGAUUCGUACUCGGAUUCAGGAAAAAUAGUUGCACGAGCACUAACUAGUCUAGGGUUCAAGAACUGUUGGACAGUAGCAGAUGGGUUCUCAGGAAGCAAGGGAUGGUUACAGAGCCGUUUAGGCGCAGAUUCGUACAAUUUAUCUUUUGCGGAGGUCCUUUCGCCAUCAAGAGUCAUCCCGGCAGCGGCUGGACGUUUUGGCACAAGCAGCACGUCAGCGCGGUCCGGUCGAAAGCUUCUUCCUGGAUCCGACUGAGUAGCUUUUAAAUUGUUUCGUGUUCUUGCUGGUCGAAAUCUUGUACAGAACGUGUAAAACAGCAUUUGUACAACGGCAAUAACCGAGUACUUGUACUA